AUUUAUUUUGUUGACGGUGACGCUUUUUAAUAAAAGUGUGUUUCGUAGUGUCUAACAAGUAUGUUAUUUUCUAAAUUUAUAUAUAACCUUUUAAGGACCUUCUAUACUGCAGAGUUUAACCUGACAUUGCUUGGUUUAACCUGUCAAUGUUUAAAAAUCACAAUAGGCAUUAGGCUUGGGUUAAGAUUAUAAAUAUAUUUUCUAUUAUGUUUUUAGGUAAAUGUAUAUUUCAAAAUUAUGAGCAAGGAACUGUUAUUGAGCAUUUGUGAUGGUAAUAAGAAGAAUGCAGAGAAAGCAAUUGCUUCUUUAAAGUUUAGUAAGGUGAUUGAAAUUUUAUCAGAUCAAAUAAUUGAUGGAACAGAUCAAGCUGUGAUACUUUUGCGAUUUAUUUGUAAAGGUUUGGAAGAAGAUGAAAAGAAGCACCAAAAAAAGAAUAAAAUCGUCAAGAGAGUAUUUCAUUUACUAAAUUCUAAAGAUAUUAUCAACAAGGUGACAUCUGAACUGGUUGGAUAUAUACUUCCUGAGCUUGACGAUAUUUCAACAAAGGAACAAACAGAAUUAAUAGAUUUCAUACUUGACAAAAUCAAAGCUGGAGUUGUUUCUAAUGGAAAAUCGUUGGAGGUUUUUUCAAAAUUAAUCACAUCGUUAUCAUAUCUAACUGCAGUUCCAGUCAAGGAAGAGGGCAUAGAUACUACAAUGAGUGGCUCUGAAUAUAAACAAUCAAUUCUCCAGAAACUUUGUGAUCAAGUAUGGAUUCCAUCAACUGUUAUGCUGCUUGCAACUAUGUUCAGAGAUAUACAAAUGUCUAAUGACGAGUUGAAAAUGGUGAUCAAGAAAACUUUAAACAUGUUCUACGAUGUUCCCUUACAAGAAAUCCCUCCACUUGUGUAUCAAACGCUACUUCUUAGUAGCAAGGGAUAUAAACGAGAAGUGCUUGAUGGUAUUGCGUCAUUCUGCUUUCACAAAGCGAAAGAAAUUGAAGAAAAUGAACAAACAAGCAGCUUGUUAGUGGAUGAUAAUGAACUUCUUAAUUUAAAGUCUGUGGAAGGCACUGUUCUUUUACAUGCUAUAUUUGCUGUGAAACAAGAUCAAGACUUAGGAAAGGAAUUCAUAAAGUACAUCAAGGUGGAAUCCCUCCAUUCUCCAGAGAAGAUAUUGUCGCCUUUUACUCUAGCGUUAGCAUUGGCAAUGACACAGAUACAUCGACUUGAAGAACAACUCUUUGAUUUCCUAAAGUCAUUCAUUUUAAAAUGUUUUAAAGAUGAUGAAAGAGAAAAACAAUCAAAAUGGAUCAGAGAUUUGUUCCCAGCGUCACCAAAAAUUGAAGAAGCCAUACUUAACACUUCACGGAACAGCAAAUUUGGUUGGGAUCAUAUGACGCAAGGUUUAAUCAAUUUAUCAUUUAUCUUAAUUGAAUGUUAUGUUCCGAAAUCUACAGAUCUUUUAACAAAUGAUAUUACACCGCAACAAAGGGCAUGUAAUCUUGGCACGAAAAUGAUUCACCAUGUUUUUACGCACCAAGAAAUUGUUCGUGAGAAUGUUUUGCAACGCCUUCUUGACGCUAUUAUCACAAAGGCUACUCAGAAUGUGCAGCAUUACUUAGAUUUGCUGACAUCUGUGAUAGCAUCUGUCCCACAAAUUGUAAUUGAUUGUUUACAAAAGUUUCGUGAAGUAUUUGAUUAUCUGUCAAUGUUGAACCUUUCAACUGCUGAAGGACUACUGAGAGCUAUUCUACCUCUAAUGAAAGUAAGCAUGUCGAUAAAAGACUCAUUAAUGCUGAUUCUGAGAAAGUCAAUGUUUUCAAAGCAGGUUGAAGCUAGAAAAAUUGCUGUGACUGGCUUCCUGUUGAUUUUGAAGCAUUUUAAAAUUGAUACUGACGGAAGAUCUAUUUGUCUUUCAAGUCAAUUAGCUCUCUCGCAAUCUUUUUCAUGCAGUCAAGUUAAUGUUUCAUCUCAAGCAAGAUAUAACACAGGUGCAAAUGAAGCUUUAUGCAUAGAAAUAAUAAGCAGUCUUAGGAAAUCUUUGACGCAGUCUGCUGAAAUCCGUACACAACUUUAUGAGGGUAUAUAUGAAGUGUCUUGCAAGAAUCCAAAACUCACUUUGGCGAUCUUGGAACUUCUCUUUCAACAGUUUUCUAAAUAUUAUAAAGUAUCAUCUGAUGUUCUUCCACCAAUCAAACUCCAAGAUUGUAUUUCCCAAAAUAACAGCGACGAAGUACAAAUAAUAGAGCCAUUGGCUCAUCUACUUUGCGCUUUGCAACUUUGCACAAAAAAUUGUGGUAAACUGUUAAAUGAGGAGGAAGAGGAGGAAAGGGAUGAGAAUCUCUCUCGCUUGCAUGACAAAAUUGAAAAUAUUCUAUUAUCUCUGAGUGAACGAAUGGUUAAGGCUGAGUUGGAAGAUUUUGAGUUGGGUAAGGGAGCAGAAUACAAUUCCUCAUCUGAAACUGGUCGUAAAAAUAAUUUGCUGGCUCAAAUAGUGCUUUGUAUGUACGAGGUUUUAAUGGAAUAUCACUACAUGAAAUGUGAAAAUAUAAGUAUCGAAUGCGGUGAGGUUAUUUGGAAACUGUUCCAACGUCAUCAAAAAUUGCAAAAUCUUUUAAAAGAAAAAGCAAACUCUGGAAAAAAAGGGAAAUCUUCAGCUUCUAAAUCGUCACCAAAAACAAUGUUCUCUUUUAAAUGUUUGACUUCAAUGAUAUUUGAUAUACUUUGUAACACAGAGCCAGCAGCAGAACCUGGUUUAAAUGUUUUACGACAAUCAGUUGAGCUUGUGAAGUUUCUCACUGCCUCUGCGCACAUUAAACUUGUACAAUUGCUGGAUUCUCGGUACUGCGAUGGUGCUGGUGGAAAGAACUUGGAACACUUGUUUAGACAAUGCCUUAAAUUAUCAAGGUCGUUUCUGCAGCAUAUAAAUGGAGAUUGUGUCCUGUCAGAUGACGUGUUAAAAAGAAACAAGGGUAGGAAACUUGGAAACCUUUGUUUGGAUGGCUUGAAUCAAAUUAUUGGAUUUGUUUGUAACCACCAUCCUGAGCAAUUACAAUCUCUACUUGAAAGUUUAGACUUCACUCCUGAUAUUGUAACACAAAACGAUGUCAUCACAGAAGGAAGUCUGGUUUUUCGUGUAAUUAGACGUCUUCAGAGAUUAUCAUUAAAAAUAAUGGCUUCACCAGAUGAAGAUCUAGGAAUGCGCGAAGCACAAGUGAUAUUGUCUAUGUUAGCUUACUUGAUACCCCAUCUCACUUUGCAAACCGAGAUGCAACCGGUUUAUUUGUGGUUUCAUCGUUUGGCUGCCGAGCAAACUAUUGACGACGUCUUAUUGACGAAAACGAUUGUCGCAAAGCUGCUCUCCUUACAUUACCGAUGCAAAUCAAACAAUACUGCUAUAUCAAAAUUAGCACAAGAUAUUCACAGUCAAGUUGGCGAUAUUGAUGAGGAUAUCGAAGUCGAGAAUCGUGGUCAUUUUAAGAUUGUUACAGAAAAGACUGCUACACCCACUAUUUUUUAUUUGCUUCUACAACAUAUGGAAAAAGUUCUUGAUGAAGUAGACUGGGCCCUAGGGAAAUUGAAGAGUCUUCCUUAUUCUGAAAGCACUGAUUCAAACGAAAGCGUGGAUAAUCGAGAAAACUACGAAACUAACAUCUCUCAACUACUGAUUGGUGUUGUGUUAUCGUUACAUGAACUCACACAGUCUGCAUUCCCACUAGGAAUUUGUGCUGACAUCAUCACAAAAGUUGUUACAAAACUUUACACAACGCUAGGCAAUUUUACAAAAUAUCUAUUAUCGUUGUACACACAAAAAAAAGGGAAUGUUGUACCGAAAUUCGAAAGACUAGUGAAACUAACAGGCAGCCAUCUUGCUCAACAAGUAUACGCCAUGAUCACUUUUAUGCAGUCAAUCCAAUCGCAAGCUUUGCAAGAUCAAACAAUGAAUGGUAAGAAUAAAGCAAAGGACAGAAAGAAGGCUAAUAUUGCUGGAAAGAAUCGAGCACUAAAAGAAUCACGUUCCAUUCCAAAUUUGAUUUAUUCCAUUGAACAGUUUGAAAGAUACUUGAUUCAACUUUCGAAGAAAUCCAAGAUCGACUUCAUGGAAAACAUCAAACGUAGCACAUCACGCGACUUUCGAAUUAACACAGCAUCUUUAGAGGCUGCAUUGCAUGAACUAUCUGACGACGAAAGUGAAAAUGACGAGGCUAGUAUUGAAACUGAAACAUCUGAAGUAUUAGAUUUAACCAAAGAUGAUCCACCACCAUCAAAACGCCCUAAACUAACAUCGGGAAGAAAACCUCUUAUCUCGAAAAAUACAUAAUUUUACUGUAUAUAAGUUUUUAUAAAUGUAAAUUUCAAUGUUUUAUUUUAUUCAAA